AUGGCUUCAUCGUCGUCUUCUGCACCCGCCGUUGGCCCAGAUAUCCCGUGGGUAGAGAAAUUCAGGCCCACCAAAGUGGCGGACAUAGUGGGGAAUGAAGAUGCCGUUGCCAGGCUCCAAGUCAUCGCGCGAGAUGGAAACAUGCCGAACCUCAUUUUAGCCGGCCCCCCUGGAACCGGGAAAACCACUAGUAUAUUGGCACUUGCACAUGAACUGUUGGGACCAAAUUAUAGAGAGGCAGUUUUAGAACUAAAUGCAUCAGACGACAGAGGGAUUGAUGUUGUGAGAAAUAAAAUAAAGAUGUUUGCCCAGAAGAAAGUCACUCUGCCCCCUGGUCGGCACAAAGUAAUUAUCUUGGAUGAAGCUGACAGCAUGACAUCUGGAGCUCAACAAGCCUUGAGGAGGACAAUGGAAAUAUAUUCAAAUUCCACGCGCUUUGCACUUGCUUGCAAUACAUCUUCAAAAAUUAUCGAGCCCAUUCAGAGUAGAUGUGCCCUUGUUCGGUUUGCAAGAUUAUCCGAUCAAGAGAUCCUUGGACGUCUCAUGGUGGUGGUUGCUGCAGAAAAGGUUCCUUAUGUUCCAGAAGGUCUUGAAGCAAUCAUUUUUACGGCUGAUGGUGACAUGAGACAGGCCUUGAACAACUUGCAAGCGACAAACAGUGGAUUUGGUUUCGUCAACCAAGAAAAUGUUUUCAAGGUUUGUGAUCAGCCUCAUCCCUUGCAUGUGAAGAACAUGGUACGCAAUGUAAUCGAAGGAAAAUUUGAUGAUGCUUGUGCUUCUUUGAAGCAGCUCUACGAUUUGGGCUAUUCUCCCACUGAUAUAAUCACUACCCUUUUCCGAAUUAUAAAGAACUACGAUAUGGCAGAAUAUCUGAAAUUGGAAUUCAUGAAGGAAACUGGAUUUGCCCACAUGAGGAUUUGUGAUGGAGUCGGUUCAUAUCUUCAGUUGUGCGGUCUGCUGGCUAAGCUUGCAUUGGUCCGGGAAACAGCCAAAGCAGCAUAA